AUCAUCUUCACUUAAUCGUCUCCUUAAAGGCCCCCUGUCCAAAUAAGCUUACCAGCUGAGUUACGGGGGGUUGUCACGAAAUGAAUUUUGGGGACAUAACUGAACUCGCCCCACCACCUACCCCCGUGCCGCAUGUUCACCUGCUGACGUCUCUGUUGAGAAUUUUCCCGCCAGGCUGCCGGCCCCGGGAGGAAGGGGCCACUGCAUUGUCCCCAGGGUCCAGAAAGGAGGCGGUGUCCCAGGUGGCAGGCUGUGGGUCCACACACUCCCUGUUUCUCUCUGCGUGCUGGGCGAGUGGAACGAGGUGUCUGCCUGGCCCUGGAGCAGCCGUGCCUUCGGAGGGAUUUGCCAAGCCGGGCCCCUGGGUGCCGGAGUGACAGGUGGCCAUAAAGGUCAUCGACAAGAAGAGAGCCAAAAAGGACACCUACGUCACCAAGAACCUGCGGCGCGAGGGCCAGAUCCAGCAGAUGAUCCGCCACCCCAACAUCACGCAGCUGCUGGAUAUCUUAGAGACGGAGAACAGCUACUACCUGGUCAUGGAGCUGUGUCCUGGCGGCAACCUGAUGCACAAGAUUUACGAGAAGAAGCGGCUGGAGGAGUCCGAGGCACGCAGAUACAUCCGGCAGCUCAUCUCUGCCGUGGAGCACCUGCACCGGGCUGGGGUGGUGCACAGAGACUUGAAGAUAGAAAAUUUGCUACUAGAUGAAGACAAUAAUAUCAAGCUGAUUGACUUUGGUUUGAGCAACUGUGCGGGGAUCCUGGGUUACUCCGACCCGUUCAGCACGCAGUGUGGCAGCCCCGCCUACGCCGCGCCCGAGCUCCUCGCCAGGAAGAAGUACGGCCCCAAAAUCGACGUCUGGUCCAUAGGUGUGAACAUGUACGCCAUGUUGACUGGGACCCUGCCCUUCACCGUGGAGCCUUUCAGCCUGAGAGCUUUGUACCAGAAGAUGGUGGACAAGGAGAUGAACCCCCUCCCCACCCAGCUCUCCACAGGAGCCAUCAACUUCCUGCGCUCUCUCCUGGAACCAGACCCUGUGAAGAGGCCCAAUAUCCAGCAAGCACUGGCGAAUCGCUGGCUCAAUGAGAAUUACACAGGCAAAGUGCCCUGCAAUGUCACCUACCCCAACAGGAUUUCUCUGGAAGACCUGAGCCCCAGCGUGGUGCUGCACAUGACGGAGAAGCUGGGCUACAAGAACAGCGACGUGGUCAACACGGUGCUCUCCAACCGCGCCUGCCACAUCCUCGCCGUCUACUUCCUCCUCAACAAGAAGCUGGAGCGCUACCUGUCGGGGAAAUCCGACAUCCAGGACAGCGUGUGCUACAAGACCCAGCUCUACCAGAUAGAGAAGUGCGGGGCCACCAAGGAGCCCUAUGAGGCCUCCCUGGACACCUGGACAAGAGACCUUGAGUUCCACACUGUGCAGGGAGGCGAUGCCAGUGUGCGGGAUGCUGGGACUGAUUCCCACGAGGGUGGCUUUUGCAGGAUGUUCGGAGAUGGUUGGCGGAGUUAUGCAUCAUUUUCCCCUUCUGCUCGUUGCCGAAGAGCCCUCUGUCGGGUGCAGGAGAAGGAUAAAAAGCCCAAAGAACAAGAAAAACGAGGGGACUUUCUUCACCGGCCGUUUUCCAAGAAGUUGGACAAGAACCUGCCGGCGCACAAGCCGCCGCCAGCCUCACUCAUGGCGCAGGUGCACGGCAGCAAGGGGCUGCCCAGGGACCGGAAGGCCUCCAGGUCUGGCUUCCCCGACAAAGAUUCCUUUGGCUGCCGCAACAUCUUCCGCAAGACGUCCGAUUCCAACUGUGUGACUUCUUCUUCCAUGGAGUUCAUCCCGGUGCCACCUCCCAGGACCCCCAGGAUCGUAAAGAAACUGGAGCCGCAGCAGCAGGGGUCCGGCAGUGCCAGCGUUCCCCCUAAGGAGGACCCCCUGGUGCUGGACAUGGUGCGCUCCUUCGAGUCCGUGGACCGCGACGACCCCGCGGAACUGCUGUCCCCGGCCCAUCACCACAGAGUCCUGCACUCACCCGUGAGCCUGGGCCGCAGGAAUUCCAGCGAGCGGACGCUGUCCCCGGGGCCGCCUCCCGGCAGCGCCUCACCCCUGCACACCUCUUUGCACCCCACACUGGUCUCCUUUGCCCACGAAGAUAAGAGCAGCCCCCCCAAGGAGGAGGGCAUGUGUGCCCCGCCUCCUGGUCCCAGUGGCGGCCCCCCGCAACCACUGGGGAGCCCCAACUGUGUCAAGAGCCGGGGCAGGUUCCCCAUGAUGGGCAUCGGGCAGAUGCUACGGAAGCGCCACCAGAGCCUGCAGCCCUCAGCCGAGAGGGCCCUGGAGGCCAGCCUGCCCCCGCUGCAGCCCCCAGCCCCCGGGAGCCUGCCCUUUGACCUGGCCGACGGCAUCAAGGGCCAGUGUUAGCUCAGGCCUGCAGGGUCUGGGGCUCCCCAGGGAGAGCUGUGGGUGCAGGGGCAUGAACAGGCAGGGACCUCACAGGUACAUCCUUUGUCCACACCAGCCUGGAGACAUCCCAAAGGCACAGCCCCCCAACCUGCAGCACCCAGCCUCGCUUGGGGAUCCCUGGAGACGCUGGACAUGGCUAAGAAGGCUGGCCACAAGGACAGCCAGGUUCAAUUAUCCCAUCCUCUUCCUGGGCCCCUCACCAAGCGCCCGCCCACCUCCCCUGCGAGGACAGCCUGUUACCCCAGCCUCCUGUCUGUGUGCCUCACUCACACGGGGACCAACAGUGUCACAAUUUCUCCAGACCACAGCCCCGCUAUGGGGGGUGAGCAGAUGGUCCUUCUGUAGCCACGAAACCCCCCAUGGGCCUCGGACCCAGAGGAAGACAUAGGGAGAAGCCUUGGUCAAAGAUGGAACCGUUAUGAACUCCAACGAAAGAAAAAAAAACUGAAGCUCUCAUUGCCCAAGCCAGGUUUUGGCAGGUGCAUUUCUGCAGUUCGGCUGAAUCUUGCUAACGGUCGAAUGAUCUGCCCCCGAAGGGAUUUUCCUCUGUGUGAUGUCGUUAAGUGGAAAUGGCGUCAUUUUCAGAAAACCAGGCUGGAGUGAGGAAAGCCAUUCCGCCAAGUGCUUGUUUCAUAGCGGGAUCCAGCUCAUUGGGCAGAGGCUGGGGUGAGGGUGUGGUGGCGGCAGGACGGUGGCCCUGGAGGGGCCCAGGACCCCACGUUCAUCCCUCUGUGUCCGCACAGGCCCUGGUUCUGAUUGGUUCUUUAGGAAGAGAGACGAGGAUGGUCGUGGCAGCGUUCUGUGCCGUUCCAUCCUCCAGCGGCCCAGAGGAAGGUGCAGUGAGGGGCUUGGCUCGGCUUCCGGGAGCUGCCUGGUAGAGAGCGUGUUCGUGUGCCGGAUGGCUUCUUCCACGGGAAAAGCAGCGUUCCUCCAACAGGAUCUCCGUCCACACUGGCGUCUUCACACCUUUGCCAAGGAUCGAACCAAAGAUGUGUCUCUGGUGUUGUGUCUGUGCCGUCCCUGAGUGUGCGUUGUGUGGACCCCGGUGUUGUCUGACUGUGUCCAGCUGGAGCCCGGCGGGGGCUGCGUCCAUGCAGUACCUGGGGCGGGGAGAAGGAUGGCCACAGGUGCAUAGGGUUAGUGCAGGAGAUGGGUAACAGGUGGCCCAGACUGUGGCCACCCCAGGGCGGCUUCUCCGUCCCUGCCCUUGCCGACUGCCAAGCCAGCCAUCGCUUCCUGCAGGCCAGAGUGUGUGCAAGUGAAUCUUCACUUUCUCAUUGGCCUGUGACAUCCCGUUGGCCCAGCACAGCCCCCGCUAAGCCAGCAGACAACACAGCUCUCCGACUGACCGCGUGACCGUGUUUGCGGGUGACCGUGGCUGGAGUCCUCGCCAGGGAUGGGCAGAGGUUGCUCCAACUCUAGGGCAAGACUCCUGAGUGCCGGUGUUACUCUUUGGUAUGGAGCAGGGUGCAGCAUCUCACGUGGAAAAGAGCUUUUUCAGCAGAGAGAAGACAGGAAUCCUCUGUGAGACCCCCUGUCUGGGGCUCGUGGGAUGCUUUGAUUGUGGGCUGGUGGGGAGACCUCUUUCGUGGGGGAUGGUUUCCAGCCGCAGCUGUUGCGUUCUGCAAGGCGUGGGGUGUGUGCCUGUGUGUUGUGGACUUUCUGGCGCCCCUGCUGCCUGUUUUUUUUUUUUUUUUUUUCCCUUGUAUUUUACUUUCCUCCAGGAACCUGAACGUGUCCAUGAUUCCCGUCCUUGCGUGCCUCAGGGGCAGCUGCGGUGCCCUGGCUCUCGCUGGCACCACUGUCGCCAUUGGUACCUUGACCUUUGAACUCAGGUUAAUUCCAGACCCAGUGAUCGCUGUGGGGGAGUGAGAAAGGGGAGAAAACUGCAAGCAUUGUGUGAGUGUGUGUGAGCACCUGACAAGUCUGUGAGACCAAGUCCAGGAAGAAGUGAUAAAUUCUUUAUUAUUUUAUUAUAUUUAUAUGGGAGACUUUGUGUGUCCCCUGGGUAAGCGCCAGGUGUGUUGUCCGUCUGACCCACGCGUGUCUCCCGUCAGCCUGUGAGCUCCGGCAGCUGCUGAUGGAAAUGACCGAGCUGUCAUGAGAAACCUGGAAGGAAAAGUCCAUUUGAAUUGUACGAUUCGGUCGCAAAUAAGGACUGUACUUAUGUCACCAUUACGAGAUAUAUGUACUUUUGUAACGACUGUGAAAUACAUUUUUCCCUCACGA